CUAGGCAUACAGACUGCUUCUAAAAACAUUUGUGAAAGAAUGGGUCGCUCUCAGGAGCUCAGUGAAUUCAAGCAUGGUACCGUGAUAGGUUGCCAGCCAUGAAAUUUCAAUGCUACUAAAUAUUCCACGUCAACUGUUAGUGGUAUUAUAACAAAGUGGAAGCAACUGGGAACAGCCAUUAAGUAGUAGGCCAUCAUGCCCCUAGAGCAGUGGAGACGUGUUGUCUGGAGUGAUGAAUCGCGCUUCUCUCUCUGGUUAUCUGAUGGACAUGUCAGAGUUUGGUGGUUGCCAGGAGAAUGGUACUUGCCUGACUGCAUUGUGCCAAGUGUA